GGGGGGGAGACAUUUAAAACUUGUAGAGGGGGCGGGGAGACAGCAGAGAAUUGGGAUUGGGUUGGGCAGCAUUUUGGAGGAGCAACCACAGAUGAGAAAUUGGCCGAAUCGCUUCUUACUUUGUCGUCCGUUUCUUUGAUACUUUAACUCUCCCUGACAUUAAUUAAGAACAAGAAUGUGUUUAGGAAUACCGCCGAUUUCCCACUCAUGUCUUUCUGGUGCAGUGUUGCUAUUGUCCGUCUCUCUCUUUUUCUCUCUCUCUCUCUCUCUCUCUCUCCCCUUCCAGUUGGACAACCUGAUGCUGAUUAAUAAGAUCAAGGAGCAGUUGAUGGCAGAGAAGAUUCGUUCCCCGCACAUGCCUCCUACCACAAUACCUUCUCAGCAGCCUCUGCUGGUGCCGACCACCUCACAGAGCCUCCAAUCCCAGCUGGCUGUGCUGAAACCCCAGCAACUGACUGACAUCCACACACAGUCACCCCAGCCAGAUGUCGCCCUCCAUGCCCGGCCUGCCACCAGCUCCAUGUCAGGACACAGUAUCUCCACGUCUACGGGCACCUCGGAUUCCAUUAGUGUGACCUCGGCUGGCCAGAGUCGUAUGGAAGACGCCCCGGCGGCUCUGAUCUCCAGCUUGGUCAGCCACCACCAGAGCAUGGAGGCCUCACUCAUCGCUAAGGCGGUGGGGCAGCCUGGCAUGCUGCGGAACGACCGAGGGAGGAAGAAGAUCAAGGGGGAGAACUGCAGCGGAGGAGCCCCCGUCCUCGUCGUCCCCUAUCCUAUCCUGGCCUCAGGCACCGAACCCACCAAGGAUGGGAAAACGUACAGGUUGGACAAUAAGCGGUGUAAGAUCUGCCCUUUGACCUUUUUCUCCAAAUCCGAGAUGCAAAUUCAUUCCAAGUCCCACACAGAGGCCAAACCCCACAAGUGUCCACAUUGUUCCAAGUCAUUCGCCAAUGCCUCCUACCUGGCUCAGCACCUGCGCAUCCAUCUGGGAGUCAAGCCUUACCACUGCUCCUACUGCGAAAAAUCCUUCCGCCAGCUUUCUCACUUGCAGCAACACACGAGGAUCCACACAGGAGAUCGACCGUAUAAAUGUGCCCACCCUGGGUGUGAGAAGGCUUUCACACAGCUCUCCAACCUGCAGUCUCACCAGCGGCAGCACAACAAAGACAAGCCUUACAAAUGUCCGAACUGUUACCGGGCGUACACUGACUCGGCCUCGCUGCAAAUCCACCUCUCCACGCACACGGUCAAACACGCCAAGGCCUACUGCUGUAGUAUGUGCGGACGGGCCUACACCUCGGAGACAUACCUCAUCAAACACAUGGCCAAGCACACGGGGGUGGAGCACACACUGGAAACUCACUCCCCUCAGAGAACCCAGUCGCCGAGCUGCCCUGUCCGCAUCUCCCUCAUUUAGAGGAGACCUGGCUGUCCGCAGACCCAGAACACAUGAGAGAGAAGCCACAACAAGACUGACAAGACAGCCUGCAUCAAAGGCCGGGUGAUUUGUGAGACUGGAUUGGGAUUGUUUCGUCUGUCGCCCCCUCUUGGUAUUUAUUCAGAGAGCGAUGGCAUCUGGCGCACGGGGACAGAGCUGCUGUUAUAUUCUCCUCUUCUCGAAAGCCAAGCGACUUCCCAAAGACUUUGUCUCGCGAAGGCAACCCCCACUCUUGUCCACUCCCCGGCGCCACCCCCCAUUCUCACUAGGAAACUAGUCAAAGUGUCAACUCGAUCGCUAUAGUAUCUUAAAGUAACGGGUGCCAGAGGGUGGGGUGGUGGUUGGAAGAGAAGGCAGGGGUGGGGGUGCUAAAUUCUCAACCGUAAUCGAACACAAGCGCAGCUCUUUGUACUUUAUUCCGUGAAAUUAUUUGCUGUUGUUGGGGCGGAAAAAUGUGAUGUUUCAUUAACAGUUUUGACAGGGUGGGGGGAGAGGAGGAGGGGUAAUUUCUGACAUUUCGUACUCGCUGUGAUUCUGUCCUGAAUUUGCCCCUUACACCCCUGGCCCCGCUCCCUCUUGUGCUGCUGCUCUCAUGGUUAUCUAACAGUAUUGUAGUGGGUUUACUUUCACAUUCCCAGUUUGGUUUAUUACACAUCUCUAUAAGGACCUCUCAGAGAUGUCUCUGUACAAGGCUGGGUUUUCCCAGUUGAGCCUUGGAACUAUCUGUGGUUGUGUUACCAAAGCCAACCUCACAACCACAGCCCACACCGAAGUACAACAACAACUUGUAUUUAUAUAGCGCCCCUGAGGUAACUGCACUGUCAGAGGCACCUGACCUAUUGGCGAGGCAUUUAAACCCGUCGGCCUCUUCUUCGGGCAGAUGUUAAAGACACAGCAACACUAUCGGGGAAAAAAAAGGGAGGGUCACGGCUGGGUGUCUCGGGGACAAAUAGCAGUCGCGUUCGCCUCUAAAACAGUCACUACACUUUGACCGCGAAGCACUUUGAGACGGUUGCAACACGAUUGGUGCUGCAGAAAUGCAAAUAUUUCUUCCGACUUUGCACAUCUUUAAAGAACAAUUGGGUGGGAAAAGCGAGCGGUUCACAUCCGCUAUUCCCUCAUUGCCACAGA